UCCCACCAAUAAAUAAAGGCCUAAAAGACUUGAGUGAAACCUUGCAGCACUCACUCUCUCUGCCAGUCCCUUUGCUUCUCUCCUUGCUAACCCCUCUUUCCUCUCUCUCUCUCUUUCCAAUCCUGAAACAGAUGAAAACCAGAGUUUCAAUGUCCACCCACACACUCUAUCUCUCCAAAGACUCAACCAUUCUUCCUGUUUUCUAGUCUCUCAACUUUUCUCUGCUCACAAAACUGAUCCACCAUUUGUUUUCUCUCUCGUUUUAUUUUCCUUUUUCUCUCUGUACAUGCUUGAGAAAAACCCAAAAGGAGGAAGAAGAAGAAGAAGAAGAAGAAGAACAGAGGAGCACCUUGUUUCCAUCUCAGAUCUAGUAGCUUUGAAGCUUUCUGUUUUCUCGUUUAAUUGUUCUUUUCUGGUUGGUUCUUUUUGGUGGUAAACAAAAUGAGUAAAGAAGAGUUCAUGAAGAUCCAGACCUGUGUUCUUAAAGUUAAUAUUCACUGUGAUGGAUGUAAGCAGAAAGUCAAGAAAAUCUUGCAGAAAAUUGAUGGGGUUUACAAGACCACCAUAGAUUCCGAGCAAGGUAAAGUGACAGUUUCCGGGAAUGUGGACCCUGCGAUUCUUAUCAAGAAGCUAGCAAAAUCAGGGAAGCAUGCAGAGAUUUGGGGAGCUCCGAAACCUAACAUAAAUCAAUUAGCGAACCAAUUCAAGAACAUGCAGAUUGAUAAUGGCAAAGCUGGUAACAAUAAAAAUCAUAAGGGUGGCGGAGGUGGCGGCGGAAAUAACAACAACCAAAAGGUUGGCGGAGGAGGAGGCGGAGGCGGCCAGCCGACGCCACAGCAACUCCAGCAACUUCAACAGCUGCAGCAGCUUCAGCAGAUGAAGGGAUUCCAAGAUCUGAAAUUGCCCCAAUUGAAGGACCUGAAGAUGCCACCUUUUAAUCCGAACCAGAACCCGAAUCAGAAAGCUGUGAAGUUCAACAUCCCGGAGGAUGACGAUUUCAGCGACGAAGACGAUUAUGAUGAUUUUGAUGAUGAUUUGGAUGAUGAUGAUUUUGACGAUGAGAUGGAUGAUCCUCCUCCCCGGCAUCCUCUUCCGAUGAAACCCGCCAUGGGUAAUGGCAUGCUGAUGAAUGGUAUGAUGAAUCCGAGUAACAACCCUCAGCUUAUGAAUGCCCUGAAAGGUGGUAACAAUGGCGGUGCAAAUGGUAAAAAUGGAGGUAAGAAUGGCGGGGGGGGUGGGAACCCUGUGCCGGUUCAGAUAAGCGGAGGUGAUGGUAAAAAUGGUAACGGAGGUAAAAAGCCGGGCGGUGGAGGUGGUAACAAUGGCGGAAAUCAAAAUCAAGCUGGAAAAAAUGGUGGUAAAAACGGCGGCGGACCACAAGAUGCCAAAAGCGGUAACAAUGGCGGCGGUGGUGGGCAAAAUAAUAACAAGGGUGGUGGUGGUAAUGGUAACAACAAUGGUGUAAAGAAGGGAAAUGAUGGGGUUCAUCCUCUGAACAAUGGAUUUCCGGGCAUGGGCGGCGCCGGCGGGCCGAACGGUCAAAUGGGUAACCUCGGUAUGCCGAUGUCUCAAAUGGGUAAUCUCCCCAUUAGUCAACUGGGUAACGUCCCUGCUGUUCAAGGUUUACCGGCAGCCGCCAUGAACGGAGGUGGAGCCGGUGGUGGUGGUGGAUAUUUUCAGGGAGCCGGGCCGGAUCUUAUGCCCGGAAAUCCGUACCACCAGCAGCAACAACAACAGCAGCAACAACAGUAUAUGGCGGCAGUGAUGAACCAGAACCGAGCAAUGGGCGGCGCUAAUGAAAGAUUCCAGCCGAUGAUGUACGCCAGGCCACCGCCUGCCGUCAAUUACAUACCGCCGUAUCAUUACCCGUAUCCAUACCCGUACCCGCCUCCACCAGCCGACCCGUAUACCCACGCGUUCAGUGACGAAAACACCUCGAGUUGCAACGUGAUGUGAAGAAGUGAAGGCCAAGUCGGGUACUCAAUCGGGUCGAAGUUUGCAACUUGGGAGCUUCAACUCUUACCGGUGGAAGUUUGAGAGAAUUACAGCAUAAAAGAAUACUUGGAAAUGGGUUUUAAUUUCUAGUUUUUUUUUUUUUUUUCCUAAUUUUUCUUUUUUUAUAAUCCUAAGUUGAGAAAUUAGGUUUUUAUUUUAAUUAUUAUCAUAGGGAGUAUUUUAUAGAUAAUAUAUUAAACGUCUUUUUUUUUUCUUUUUAUAUUUCAAGGGGAGGAUGAGAUGUAAGUGGAGGGCACCGAUGGGUUUUUUUUUUUUUAUUUUUAUUUUUAUGAGAUGUUUAUAUGGGGUUAAUAUAUGUGGCGAAAUUGCAAACAAAUAAAAAAAAGAGAAAUGGGGUUUUCUUAGCGCCAAAGAGAAAAAAUUCCCAUCUCUCUAAUCCCUCUUCUCUCCCUUAACCCUAAUCUCUUGUCUCCCAUUUUAUACAUCCAAAA